GCCAUGUAUUGCCAUGAGGGCAAAAAGCUGUAAUAAAGGACAUAAUGGCCCGCUGUUCUCCUGAAUCCAAUACUGAAGCAUUUUCCUCUCUGCAACAAACUUUGAGCCACAUCAACGAGCAGAAUCAAAAACAUUUGCAACAAGCAUCGCUGUUUCGUUCAUAUUUGCCGUUGCGGGUUGUCUGAUUCCAUCAAGCACACCGCGUCCCGACAAGACCAGUUCUGCCCAGCCAACACGCUUCUCCCGGUCUUGGCAUCUUCCCACCGCAAGCAGUCCAUUCUCGGCGUCCUUUGAAAAGAGUGGGGCUAGGGCUUGUCUCUCUCGACUACCCCACGUGACCACAACCAAAAACCAACCCUAAGCUUCUUCACGUGCACUUCACGUGAUAUCUCGACAACGAUGUCCUCCUCGGGCAUCUCACCUACACAGGUGUCGCCAACGGCACCCGCUGCCGAUACCACCACUGCUGCUGCUGCCACUCCGGCUGCUGCUGCCGCCGCGCCCUCCUCCGGGUCGUCCAGCUCUACCUCCAACGGCGCGACUCCCGCGCCAUCCACUGCUCCCACCGCCAGCUCAUCCAGCAGCACUGCCCAAGAUGAGAGCCUUGUGUGCCGGUGGUCUGAGUGCAACGAACGGUUUACGUCUGCCGAGGUCCUUUAUGAGCAUAUCUGUGAGAAGCAUGUCGGCCGCAAGAGCACCAACAACCUCAACCUCACAUGCCAGUGGAAUGCUUGUAGGACAACCACUGUGAAGAGAGACCAUAUCACUUCCCACAUCCGCGUCCAUGUUCCCCUGAAGCCCCACAAGUGCGACUUCUGCGGCAAGUCGUUCAAGCGCCCUCAGGAUCUCAAGAAGCACGUCAAGACUCAUGCCGAUGACUCUGUUCUGGUCGGCAGAACCCAGGACCAGCCUGGUGGCAUGAACCCCGCCUACCGUGCUCACCCAAACUCCAAAGCUCCCCCCGCUUUCUAUGAUCAUAAUGGCCACAUGCGCGGUACUAACACCGGCCCCUUUGGCCACCCGCACCAGCAGAAUGGUCAGCCUAGUUACUACGGCCAGCACCCCGCGGCUCCCCAGCACCCAUCUUAUCACGCUGGGCCCCCCAUGUACUACUCUCAGCACAUGGGUGCUCCCCGCGGAGAUUUCAUGAGCCACCAUGCCUCUUCCUAUGCCGACCCCCGGGAGAAGCGCCAGCUGGAUAACUUGAACGAGCUCUUUGGAAACCUCAAGCGCCGUCAGAUUGACCCCAGCUCCUACCAGCAGGUAGGUCGCUCCCUGAUGCCCAUCCAUGGUCUUGGCUUCCAGGCUGGUGGCGGUGUAGCGACCGAGUACAUGGCCCAGGCUCCCCACACCCUCGCCAUGGGUGGUGGUUCCCAUGCCACUCCUCUCACCCAGCACUACUAUCUGCCACCCAUGCCCAACCUUCGCACCAAGGAGGACUUGACCCAGAUCGACCAGAUGCUCGAGCAGAUGCAGCACACCGUGUAUGAGAACACCGGGUCUCCCAACUCUCACUAUGCCCCUGUUGAUCUCCGUCACCCAUCGCCUUCUUAUGCCGCUCGCCCAGCCGUCGACCCCUAUGCUGCUUCUGGCGCUCAGCAGGUGGUGUCUCCUCUCAGUGCCGCCCCUUCCCACUCCAGCAGCGGCACCCCCGCCGUCACCCCUCCCUCCAGCAACAUGUCGUACACUUCUGGCCACUCGCCUACCACCUCGUCCUCCGGCAUGUCUCCCAUCUCGCGCCACAGCUCCACCUCGGUCGCCUAUCCCAACCUCAGCAGCCGCGCCAACCCUCUGCCUUAUCCUCCUACGGCUGCUGGUCUCGGGUCCAACUUCACUCACAAUGAGCGCCGCCUCUCUGGUGGUAUGCUCCAGGCUGCUGCCCGCCGCUCUGGCUCCGAGUCGGACGGUGCCCGCACUCCCACCGCUGCCCAGCCUGGUGCCUCCUCGGUCAGCUCACCUAGUGGCGAUUCUGAGGGCCCUGAUGGCGAAACCUAUGAUGACUGGCUCAAUAACAUGCGCACCAUCGAGGCCUUGAGAAGCGCCAUCCGCCAGCGCCUUGAACGCCGCGACUAUGAGGAAGACACGGAUAACAGCCGUAUCGACCCGGCGCUCGCUGAUCGCUCUCGCCCCAGCCCUCCCACCGACCCCGGCCGGGUCACUUACCCCGUGCUCCCUCCCGCGGGGCACUAAGUCAUGUGCAGUUGAGAACAAGUUGGGUACAUUUGUUAACGAUGGGGGCUCUUGCCCAUGAAAAAUACUUGCUUGGGGUUUUGUGUUGUUUACUACACACAUUUUUAUGUUGUUUUUUUGCGGAAGAUACCUCCACUCAUGGCCUGUUGCUGUCGGUCGGCUGAGGGGAACAGGCUGGGAAAUAGUUGUUGUUUUCUGUCCUUUUUUUAUAUUCUUCUGGUCAUGGGGGGCGCUUGAGCGGACGUCAAUGGGGAUGGCUUUUGUCAUGGGUCGGUCAUGAUGAUGGAUGGGAUGUUUAUAUCCGUCAUGGACCGCUGUUGCUGUCUUUUUUUUAUGAGGGAGACCUCUUUUGCAGCGUGGGAGGCUUUAUAGCCGGGAAGCGAGAAUAAAAAGUGUUUGAUUACUAGAUAUCGACUUUAUUGCUGGCUUGUGUAAUAUGACAUGAAAUGUUUCUGUCAUUUGACAGCGGGUUGUGAUUUCCUUUGGACCUCUCCC